AUGUACACUGUGCAAACCAAUACAAAUACCGCAGAGCACCAUGUACACUGUGGAAACCAAGACAUAUACCGCAGAGCACCGUGUACACUGUGCAAACCAAUACAAAUACCGCAGAGCACAGAGUACACCGUGCAAACUAAUACAAAUACCGCAGAGCACCAUGUACACUGUGCAAACCAAUACAAAUAUCGCAGAGCACCGUGUACACUGCACAAACCAAUACAAAUACCACAGAACACCAUGUACACUGUGCAAACCAAUACAUAUACUGCAGAGCACCAUGUACACUGUGCAAACCAAUACAAAUAUCGCAGAGCACAGUGUACACCGUGCAAACCAAUACAAAUACCACAGAGCACCGUGUACACUGUGCAAACCAAUACAAAUACCGCAGAGCAAUGUGUACACUGCGCAAACCAAUACAAAUAUCGCAGAGCACAUGUACACUGUGCAAACCAAUACAAAUACCGCAGAGCACCAUGUACACUGUGCAAACCAAUACAUAUACCGCAGAGCACCGUGUACACUGUGCAAACCAAUACAAAUACCGCAGAGCACAGAGUACACCGUGCAAACCAAUACAAAUACCGCAGAGCACCGUGUACACUGCGCAAACCAAUACAAAUAUCGCAGAGCACCGUGUACUCUGCACAAACCAAUACAAAUACCGCAGAACACCAUGUACACUGUGCAAACCAAUACAUAUACUGCAGAGCACCGUGUACACGGUGCAAACCAAUACAAAAACCACAGAGCACCGUGUACGCUGCGCAAACCAAUACAAAUACUGCAGAGCACCAUGUACACUGCGCAAACCAAUACAAAUACUGCAGAGCACAGUGUACACCGUGCAAACCAAUACAAAUACCACAGAGCACCGUGUACACUGCACAAACCAAUACAAAUACCGAAGAGCACUGUGUACACUGCACAAAGCAAUACAAAUACCACAGAGCACCGUGUACACUGUGCAAACCAAUACAAAUACCACAGAGCACCGUGUACACUGCACAAACCAAUACAAAUACCGAAGAGCACUGUGUACACUGCACAAAGCAAUACAAAUACCACAGAGCACCGUGUACACUGUGCAAACCAAUACAAAUACCACAGAGCACCGUGUACACUGCACAAACCAAUACAAAUACCGAAGAGCACUGUGUACACUGCACAAAGCAAUACAAAUACCACAGAGCACCGUGUACACUGUGCAAACUAAUACAAAUACCACAGAGCACCGUGUACACUGCACAAAACAAUACAAAUACCACAGAGCACCGUGUACACCAUGCAAACCAAUACAAAUAUCGCAGAGCACCGUGUACACUGCACAAACCAAUAAAAGGGGUGUGA